GCAAUUCCUGCCAGAAAUCACAGUUAGAUAACUCUUCUAGCUGAGCAGAUUCACACUGGCUCCAAGAGGUGUGUUUGAGUGCAAUCACUGUUUAACAAGUUUCAAGAAGACAGCUGGCUGCCUGGCAUGUCAAAACCAUGAAGGCACUAAAUUGAUCUCUGGACUUCCAUGCAACCAAGCCCAGAUCCCCAGAGGGAUAAAAAGGGCAUCCUGCACCCCCUUCCAUCAGAGAGCUGCACUCUCCCAGCUUGCUGCUUCGUGCCUGUGCCGGGCCGUGAUCUCCUGCUGCGAUGAACCGGCAGACGUACAGCAUGAGAGCCGGCGGUGGAGGCAGAUCUUACAGCGCUGCCUCAGCCGUCAUUCCCAGUGGCAACAGGGCUGGCUUCAGUUCGAUGUCUGUGGCACGAUCUGGAGGAGGUGGAGGAGGUUUUGGAAGGCUCAUUGGAGGAGGUGGCGGUGGCGGUGGGUUCGGCAGCAGGAGCCUCUACAACCUUGGUGGUACCAAGAGGAUAUCCAUCGGGGUUGGAAGCAGCUACAGGACUGUUUUCGGGGGUGGAGCCGGUGGCGGCGGCGGAGCUGGCGGUGGUUUUGGACUUGGUCUCGGUGGUGGAGGUGGCGGAUAUAGCUUGGGCGGAGGUGCUGGCGGGCUUGGCUUUGGUGGGGGACAGGGAGGUGGUGGAGGGUUUGGCUUUGGUGGAGCAGGGGGCCUGGGAGGACUUGGUGGAGGGCUGGGUGGUGGCAGGAGUCCAGCGGGAUUUGGUGGUGGCCCACCGGGAGUCGGUACCAUCCAAGAAGUGACGGUCAACCAGAGUCUCCUGGCACCCCUGAACCUGGAGAUCGACCCGAACAUCCAGCAGGUGCGGAAAGAUGAGAAGGAGCAAAUCAAGACCCUCAACAACAAAUUUGCUUCUUUCAUUGACAAGGUCCGCUUCCUGGAGCAGCAGAACAAGGUGCUUGAGACCAAAUGGACCCUCCUGCAGGACCAGGGUCAAAAAACCAGUGCAGGCAAAAACAACCUGGACCCACUCUUCGAGGCUUACAUCAACAACCUGAAAAAGCAGCUGGCCAACCUGCUCAACGAGAGAGGACGCAUGGAUGGGGAGCUGAAGAACAUGCAAGACCUUGUUGAGGAUUUCAAGAACAAAUAUGAAGAGGAAAUCAACCGACGCACAGCAGCAGAGAAUGAAUUUGUGGUGCUGAAGAAGGAUGUGGAUGCUGCUUACAUGAAUAAGGUGGAGCUGGAGGCCAAGGUGGAUGCGCUGACCGAUGAACUCAACUUCCUUCGAGCCCUCUAUGAUGCGGAGCUGGCUCAGCUCAGCGCGCAAGUGUCCGACACUGCUGUCAUUCUGUCAAUGGACAACAACCGGGACCUGGACCUCAGCAGCAUCAUAGCUGAAGUCAAAUCUCAGUACGAAGACAUUGCCAACAGGAGCCGGGCUGAGGCAGAGGCUUGGUACCAAACCAAGUACGAAGAGCUGCAGGCCACAGCUGGGAAGCAUGGGGAUGACCUGCGCAACACCAAGGGGGAAAUCUCUGAGCUCAACCGGCUGAUCCAGAGGAUCCGGGCAGAGAUAGAGAACACGAGGAACCAGUGUGCCACGCUGCAAACGGCCAUCGGAGACUCCGAGGAGCGUGGGGAGCUGGCUCUCAAGGAUGCCAAGGCAAAGAUGACAGAGCUGGAAGAUGCCCUACAGAAAGCCAAAGCUGACAUGGCCCGGCAGCUGCGCGAGUACCAGGAGCUGAUGAACGUCAAGCUGGCCCUGGACAUCGAGAUCGCGACCUACAGGAAGCUGCUGGAGGGCGAGGAGAGCAGGUGGGAACAAAAUCCCUGCAGAAGGAAUAGUGAACAUCACUGUUCCCCUGCCAGCGGGUUGGUUCCCCCACCUGCCUCCGUACUUUGUCUCUGACCUCCCCUUUGUCUGCCCUCCAACAGGCUGAGUGGCGAGGGACUCAACCCCAUCAGCUACUGUAAGUAUCACUGUGCUCAUUGUGCCUUGGGCCCAUUGGGAGCAGAGCCUUUGAGUAACCCUGGGAAAAGGGAGGUUUUACCCAAUUGCUCCACGUAAGACAUUCAGAGCCUACCGGAACCAGUAGUGGGUGGGGGCAGAAGUUGGGUUCAAGUCCCAUGGGUCCAAGUCCCGAUGAUGGUGCUUUCUGGAACUGGGGGGUUGCCAGAGCAGAGGUUCAACCCUCUGGUUCUAUCUUCCUGCAGCGGUGAUCAGCUCCAGCUCUGGACCAGCUGGUGGAGGUGGCCUGGGAGGAGGAUUUGGUGGACUGAGCCUAAGCGGAGGAGGCGGCGGAAGCGGUUUUGGCCUUGGAGGAGGUGGUGGAAGCGGUUUUGGCCUUGGAGGAGGUGGUGGAAGCGGUUUUGGUCUUGGAGGAGGCGGUGGAAGCGGUUUUGGUCUUGGAGGAGGCGGUGGCCGUGGAGGCUACAGCUUUGGAAAUGGAGGAGGACUUGGACUUGGUGGUGGUGGUAGUCUUGGAGGAGGAUUUGGAGGAGGCAGCAGUCUCAGCAUCCCUAGCAGUCUUGGCUACUGGAGGAGGUGGCAGCGGCGGCAGCAGCGGGCUGAGCACCGGAGGGGGGAAUUUCAGCUCUGGAAGUGCAAAAGGCUCCAACCCAGGUGUGAAAAUCGUCUCCAAAACCUCCUCCAGCAAAAAGAGCAUAAAAAGCCAAAGCCUGAAGAAUGCUACACAGCCUGAGUAAAACCGGCGCCAGACCCUCCCCGAAACCAUCGCUUCUGCCUUGCUCCCGCAUCGCCCCCGCACACCACCACCCCUCCACCUGCUCUGCCCCUGGCUCCUUGCACCAUAGUUCUUAAGCAUUUGGGUCCCACCUCAAGAAAAACAGCGGAGCAUGAGCUAACCAGAUCUCUCAAAAUACCUGAAACAGGUUUAAAAGGCAAACACGACUCUAAGUGAUUUUCUGAAUUGGGAAUUGUCCUUUGGGGGAUUGGUUUGUUUUUUAAUGAGUCUGAGCAGUUUGUAAUUGCAGCUACCUGACAGCCAUCAGUCAACACAGAUCAAAAAGUGGUGCAGAUGCAAUAACUGGGUUUUUUAGCUUGGUUUUGCAUUCACGGUUCUGGCCUGCAGAAGACCAGGGACAGGUUGGGACCUUGGCUUCAAUCCAGCCUGCUUUGCCCUCCCUGCUGGGAUGGACCAAACUCACCCCUUCAAGUUAAGCAACUUGUUUUCAUACACACGUGAGGGAUUUUUUUUCUGCUAUGUAGAAAUACUCAGGAGGUUGCUGAAAGAUCCCAGGCAGUGAUUUGCAAGCUCGUUGCCCCUCUUAAAAUAUCCCUUACUAUGGGAGCACAGAGCCUAUUAGGAGUGAUUUCUGAGUCACUGCAAAACCAGCCUGAAGGGCCACGUCCAUGCUGCUCCUUGGGGUAUUUCGGCUGUUCACCGUGUGUGGGUUUCUCUGCCAAAAGAGAUGCAUUUGGGGAACCAAAAAGUGAAGUCAGGUCUCAGCCCAGCACAUGGGAAACAUGGCAAGCGGGAGCAGGCACCCAAAGGGACACCAGUGCCCCCCUUCUGAUAGAAUUUGCCCCUCUAGCACUCCACUCUGUCUUUUUUUAUUUUUGUGAAAAUACCAUUAAAAAAGAAAAUUGCAGCUUUUUAUACUUCAGUGAUAGUGAAAUUAUGCUGUUUUCCUUUUCCUCUCUUUCGGGAACGUGUCCAAUAAAACUGGAUUGUAAUUUAUUUGUUCCUACAUGUUUUUGCUCUAAAGCACAACCAGCAGCAUGAAAUACUCCCAAUGUUCAGUGAAGUGAACGGGAGGAGGCUUUCAUUUCACUUUUGGGGGAAAAGUUUCAAAAUUCUGAUUAAAAUAAAUGCUGAAAAGCUUGAAAUGAGGUGCAUGCUGUCACGAAACAAACUGAAGAAUGUGGAAA